AUGGUUAUCGUCACUCGAGGCGAUUACAUAUGGAUUGAACCGCAAUCCAAACGCGAGUUUGACGUCGCGAUCGGCGCCCGAGUUAUCGCCGCUGAGGGCAGACGUAUCCAAGUGGUCGACGACGACGGAAAGGAGCAAUGGCUGACUCCCGAGAGACGUAUCAAAGCGAUGCACCCGACGUCCAUACAGGGCGUGGAGGAUAUGAUAUCGUUGGGGGACUUGCAUGAGGCCGGGAUCCUCAGGAAUUUGUUGAUUAGAUAUAACGAGAAUGUGAUUUACACAUAUACCGGUUCCAUAUUAGUGGCCGUCAAUCCCUAUCAAAUCCUUCCCAUCUAUACUGUGGAACAGAUAAAGCUUUAUAGGGAUCGCAAGAUCGGAGAACUGCCGCCACAUAUAUUCGCCAUCGGAGACAAUGCCUACAGCAAUAUGAAGCGCUACCGACAGGACCAGUGUAUUAUCAUCAGCGGAGAGAGCGGUGCCGGCAAAACAGAGUCCACGAAACUGAUCCUUCAAUUCUUAGCCGCAAUCAGUGGUCAACACUCUUGGAUCGAACAGCAGAUAUUAGAAGCAAAUCCUAUAUUAGAGGCUUUUGGAAACGCAAAGACCAUCAGAAAUGAUAACUCGAGUCGUUUUGGAAAAUAUAUUGACAUUCAUUUCAACAAACAGGGAGUCAUUGAGGGGGCGAAGAUUGAUCAGUACUUAUUAGAAAAGUCACGGAUUGUAGGCCAGGCCACCGAUGAACGCAAUUAUCACAUCUUCUAUUGCCUUUUGGCCGGAAUGAGCAAAGAGGAGAAGCAGAAGCUGGAGCUUCAGGACGCCUCCAAAUUCUAUUACCUGACUCAGGGCGGGACCAUCACCUGUGAGGGCAGGGAUGACGCCGCAGAGUUUGCCGACAUUAGGUCUGCUAUGAAAGUACUCAUGUUUUCCGACCCAGAGAUAUGGGAUGUGUUGAAAAUAUUGAGUGCCUUAUUGCACCUUGGUAAUAUUAAGUUCCGGGCUACUGUGAUCGCCAACUUGGACGCCACCGAAAUAACAAACACCGGAAGUGCCGGCAGUUCAUCGAAACUGUUGGAAGUAAACCAACAGCACCUGAUCGACGCGCUCACCACUCGGACCAUCUUCGCACAUGGAGAUACAGUCGUGUCCACAAUGAGUUCAGAGCAGUCUCUGGACGUUCGCGACGCCUUCGUUAAAGGCAUUUACGGCCGAAUGUUUGUGUGGAUCGUAAAUAAGAUCAAUUCAGCCAUUUAUAAGCCCAAACCAUCGGGCAGUCACUACAGGACUACCAUCGGAGUCCUCGAUAUCUUUGGUUUUGAGAAUUUUAAUAUAAACAGUUUUGAACAGUUUUGCAUAAACUAUGCAAAUGAAAACUUACAGCAAUUCUUUGUGAGACAUAUCUUCAAACUGGAACAGGAAGAGUACAACAUUGAGACCAUUAAUUGGCAACACAUCGAGUUUGUCGACAAUCAGGAGGCACUCGACUUGAUUGCUGCCAAACCCAUGAAUAUAAUGGCUCUAAUUGAUGAAGAAAGUAAAUUCCCGAAAGGAACCGACUUUACGUUACUUAACAAACUUCAUAAGACUCACGGAUCAAACACUAAUUAUUUAAAACCAAAGUCCGAUAUUAACCAAUCGUUUGGAUUAAACCAUUUCGCGGGAAUUGUCUUUUAUGACACCCGAGGAUUUCUGGAGAAAAAUAGAGAUACUUUUAACGCAGAUUUAGUUCAAUUGAUUCAAGUCAGCAAAAACAAAUUUCUCCAAACUACUGUGAUCGCCAACUUGGACGCCACCGAAAUAACAAACACCGGAAGUGCCGGCAGUUCAUCGAAACUGUUGGAAGUAAACCAACAGCACCUGAUCGACGCGCUCACCACUCGGACCAUCUUCGCACAUGGAGAUACAGUCGUGUCCACAAUGAGUUCAGAGCAGUCUCUGGACGUUCGCGACGCCUUCGUUAAAGGCAUUUACGGCCGAAUGUUUGUGUGGAUCGUAAAUAAGAUCAAUUCAGCCAUUUAUAAGCCCAAACCAUCGGGCAGUCACUACAGGACUACCAUCGGAGUCCUCGAUAUCUUUGGUUUUGAGAAUUUUAAUAUAAACAGUUUUGAACAGUUUUGCAUAAACUAUGCAAAUGAAAACUUACAGCAAUUCUUUGUGAGACAUAUCUUCAAACUGGAACAGGAAGAGUACAACAUUGAGACCAUUAAUUGGCAACACAUCGAGUUUGUCGACAAUCAGGAGGCACUCGACUUGAUUGCUGCCAAACCCAUGAAUAUAAUGGCUCUAAUUGAUGAAGAAAGUAAAUUCCCGAAAGGAACCGACUUUACGUUACUUAACAAACUUCAUAAGACUCACGGAUCAAACACUAAUUAUUUAAAACCAAAGUCCGAUAUUAACCAAUCGUUUGGAUUAAACCAUUUCGCGGGAAUUGUCUUUUAUGACACCCGAGGAUUUCUGGAGAAAAAUAGAGAUACUUUUAACGCAGAUUUAGUUCAAUUGAUUCAAGUCAGCAAAAACAAAUUUCUCCAAAGUCUGUUCACUCAUGAGUUUGGAAUGGGCAAUGAUACUCGAAAAAAGGCACCCACUUUGAGUGCACAGUUCAAGAAGUCAUUAGAUUCUCUGAUGAGAGCAUUAAGUCAAUGCCAUCCCUUCUUCAUUCGAUGUAUUAAACCAAAUGAAACCAAGAAACCAAUGACUCACGGAUCAAACACUAAUUAUUUAAAACCAAAGUCCGAUAUUAACCAAUCGUUUGGGUUAAACCAUUUCGCGGGAAUUGUCUUUUAUGACACCCGAGGAUUUCUGGAGAAAAAUAGAGAUACUUUUAACGCAGAUUUAGUUCAAUUGAUUCAAGUCAGCAAGAACAAAUUUCUCCAAAGUCUGUUCACUCAUGAGUUUGGAAUGGGCAAUGAUACUCGAAAAAAGGCACCGACUUUGAGUGCACAGUUCAAGAAGUCAUUAGAUUCUCUGAUGAGAGCAUUAAGUCAAUGCCAUCCCUUCUUCAUUCGAUGUAUUAAACCAAAUGAAACCAAGAAACCAAUGAUGUUUGAUAGAUACCUGUGUUGCAAACAAUUGAGAUAUUCAGGAAUGAUGGAGACCAUUAGGAUCAGAAGAGCUGGUUAUCCCAUUAGACAUACAUUUAUGGAAUUCAUCGACAGAUACAGAUUCUUGUUGCCUGGGAUAGGACCGGCACAUAAAGUGCCCGAUUGUAAAGCUUUGACACAUAAAAUAUGUGCAGCAGUUCUCGGCAAAGUAGACUAUCAGUUGGGAAAGUCUAAAGUAUUUCUGAAGGACGCUCACGACUUAUUUCUAGAGCAAGAAAGGGAUAGAGUUUUGACGAAAAAUAUAUUAACCCUUCAAAGAGCUAUAAAGGGAUGGUAUUAUAGAAGAAGAUUCUUGAGAAUGAGAAAUAACGCGAUUAUAAUUCAACGCUAUUGGAAGGGCUAUAUUCAACGCAAGAAGUAUAAAGCGAUGCGUUUGGGUUACCUGAGACUACAAGCGUUCCUGAGGUCCCGAGUAUUAACUCAUCGUUUCAAACAUCUUCGCCGUCAUAUCGUCUCACUUCAAGCCAUUUGUCGCGGAUUUUUGGUUAGAAGAGACUUCCGAAGCAAACACAGAGCGGCCCUUAAAAUACAAGCCUUCAUAAGGGGAGCGAUCGCUCGUAAAAAGUAUUUUAGAUUACGAGAUGAAAACAGGAGUCGUUUGGAAGCCCUUCGACUGAAAGAACAGGAAGAAUCUCUUCUUCGGAAACAAAUGAAUCCAAAGAAGGCUAAAGAAAUCGCUGAACGAAAGUAUUUCGAAAGAAUGCAAGAAUUCGAGGCACAGAAGAAAGAGACAGAGAUUGAAGAGAAGCGACAAAUCGAGGAGAAAAAGGCUGUCAUUACAGACGCUGUGCACCGACAGGACGAGGUGUUGGACGACUCGAAACUAGUGGACGCUAUGUUUGACUUUCUUCCGCGAACUGAUAACCUCUCCGAACACAACGGCCCGUCAGCCUUCAGGGAUCUCGAGAGACCUAACGGUGACCUCAACAACGAUUUGAUGGAAAAUGAGGGAAUGUUUCCACCCGUUCCUCACGAAGAGUUGGAGGACUUGUCUGAAUACAAAUUUCAGAAGUUUGCCACAACUUAUUUCCAGGGAAAUGUUGGCCAUCAGUAUCAACGAAAACCACUCAAACAACCCCUUCUACCUCUCCAGACACAAGGAGAUUGUAUGGCUUCAAUAGCGCUUUGGAUUACUGUUUUACGUUUUAUGGGAGACUUAACUGAACCUAAAUUUCACACAAUGGGGAGAGAUAAUACAUCUGUAAUGAGUAAAGUGACGGCAACUUUAGGUAGAAAUUUCAUUAAAACUAAAGAGUUUCAAGAGUCACAACUAUUGGGUCUCGAAUUGGAGGCUGAGAGCAAACCCGUGAAGUCGCGAUCCAUUCGUAAUAAACUGGUUUCGCUUACACUGAAGAAGAAGAACAAAUUGAGUGAAGAUGUGAGACGACGUCUUCAAGACGACGACAUCGCCGCCGACACCUAUAGCUCAUGGCUGGAGUCGAGGCCAACAUCUAAUCUCGAGAAAUUGCAUUUCAUUAUAGGCCAC